UCAGGUUUCAACUCCCAUUACCAAACAAUUGCUUUACCAUUUACUCUUUCCAUUAAUCCACAGUUUUUAGUUAGGGUUUGAGGUCAUGUCAACACUUGGUGACGAUGAGCUAAGCUUAAUCCACGACCGUCUCAAUGAUCAAGACAGAAACUCUUUCUCUCUUGUUUGUAAGCAAUGGCUCAGAGUCGAGGGCGAGAACCGAUCAUCAAUCCGAGUUCUUGAACCCGAUUCGCUUCAUCGUUUUUUACCAAGAUUCCCAAACUUAGUCACAUUUGAAUCAUCAAAAUUACUCACCGAUGCCCACCUCGAAUUUAUAGCCAAAACCUGUCCGAAGAUCCAGAAUUUCAGUCUUAAUUUCAAAGAAACAAAUGAAAGUUACGACCAUGAUUAUUCGUCCAGUGGGGAUAACUUUGGUGACGAUGGUGUUUGUGCUCUAGCUAAUGGUUGUCGAAAUUUGUGCAAAGUUUUAUUAAGAAAGAGAAGAAAUAUCGGGAAUGUUGCUGUUCUUUCGAUUAUUAAUAAUUCAUCCAAAAGUUUGACAAAUUUGGAUUUAGGAAGAUGUAGUUUGAUUGGUGAUCAAGCAUUAGAAGCAAUUGGGAUGGCAAAGUCGAUUAGGGUUUUGAAUUUGGAUGGUUGUACUUUGAUAACGGAUAACGGAUUGUCUUUCUUAGCAAAUGGGUCUUGCUCAAAAUCGUUGAAGAAGUUGGUUAUGGCGGAAUGUGAUAGAGUUACUGAUCGUGGAGUGUCUCUUUUGCAGCAAAUGUGUUGGUUGGAGGAGUUGAAUUUAGCUGAGUGUGGACCAAAAGUGACUGAUUUAGGUGGUCUUGCUGUUGCUUCAAUUAGGACUCUUAAGAAAUUGAACUUUUCUUGGUUGAUUAAUGUGUCGGAUACUACACUAGUUGCAAUUGCUGAGAAUUGUAACAAUUUGCUGGCCAUUGAUUUAACAGGGUGUGAGUUGAUCACAGGAGUCGGGGUUCGUGCUCUUGGAAACCAUGAGUGUUUGGAAAGUCUAGGGUUGGCUUCUAUUUACAAUAUCAAAGUAGAUGACUUGGAUACAGUGCUUGCACGCCAGUCAUUGAGGCACAUUGUGCUUGAUAAAGGGUUGAGAAUUUGGAUACCGCCAGCAAUGCAGGAUAACAUUAGCAGAUUCUGUCAUAUACAUUGGAAAUGAUAGAUUAACAAGAAGGUAAAAUUUAUGUGGUUUGA